UGCUAUGGCGGAGGCGCGGUGGGGAAAUUUGACGCAUAAUGUUUUAGAGAUCAUAUUUUCCUACUUAGAUUUAACUGAUUUACGUGGCUGUUCUUUGGUGUGUAAAAAUUGGUAUCAACUUCUUAAUGACGAAGACAAUGAUGUGUGGCGAUUGCAUUGUAUACGAAAGCUUGCAGAGGAGGCUUUACGAUCUGACAUUUUAUCUAGUGUUCCAACAUACAAAGCUAAGCUGAGAGCUUUUUAUCAUGCAUGGGACCCUAAUGAGUGCUCUAGGAAUGUAUAUAUCAAACCAAAUGGUUUUACUUUACAUAGAAAUCCUGUAGCACAAAGUACAGAUGCUGCAAAGGGCAAGAUCGGCUUUAGGACUGGCCGGCAUUGCUGGGAAGUGUGGUGGGAAGGCCCUUUGGGCACGGUAGCCGUGAUAGGAAUUGCAACUAAAGAAGCCCCAGUACAGUGUCCAGGAUAUGUGGCUCUCUUGGGCUCAAAUGCUGAAAGCUGGGGCUGGAACUUAGUAGACAAUCACUUAUUACACAAUGGUGACAGUCAAGGAAACUAUCCACAACUAAAUAAUGCUCCUAAAUAUCAGCAAGUCAUGGAUUUUGCUCCCAUGGUGCCUGUGCAGGUUGGAGAACGAAUUCGUGUGAUCCUGGACUGUGAGGACAAUACUCUUGCCUUUGAAAGAAACUAUGAAUUUCUGGGAGUAGCAUUCCGUGGCCUGCCAGAUAAGAAAUUAUAUCCAGCAAUAUCUGCAGUCUAUGGGAAUACUGAAGUAUCUAUGGUUUACCUUGGACAUCCUCUGGAUGGUUGACAAAACUGCACUUAGUUGUGUUCUCUUCAUAGGUAUAACCAAAUUAAAGGUUGAAUCCAUUAAUUUGGACUUUUAACUAAGGACUUCUCUCACAGUGCCAUGUUUGAUACCAAAUGCCAUUGCUAGUUCACUUCAGAGAAAACUUAUGAGGCUGCAUGUUCUGCAGUUGCGUAUGAAUGAGAGUAUGUUGUGAAGUUUUCAGGAAAAAAAUAUUUAUUCAUCACCAAGAGAAAGUCAAAAUAUUUAAAACAGUUUUUACACUGAGCAUGCUAUAACUACACAAAACAUAUAUAUUUCUGUUAAAUUCUCAUUUAUUGACAAGCAGCUCUUAAAUUGAUUAGUUUAUUAACUAACUAAGAGAAAAGAAGCCGUAAAUGAAAUCUAUAUUGAAACCUACAAAUAUUUAUUUUGUACCUGGUAUUUAAAUGUAAAUUUAAUUUUAGAGAUCAUUAUGGGAGGUUGAAUCACUUCAUUGCUCAAAAUCUGAUUUUUUUCCCUCAUUUGGUGAUAUGUGAUGUCAUGUAUGUAAAUUGUACCAUUGAUUUAUGUUUCAUGUAUAAUUUUAUUUGUGGGUAUGGGAUAAGAGCAUCAGCUACAAUUUUUCAUUUUCAUUUUUAGGAAUUAAUUCUUUUAUACUACUAUCUCUGCUUAGUGAUGUAUCAGAAUUGGUCAUAUUGUGUUUAAGUUGGUUUAACUUUGUGAGUAGUGAUUUUAGAGGUUUAUAUCUAAGCAUUGCAAAUUUAAAUUUAGUUUAAUUAACAUCAUUGAAAAUAAUAAGAUAUAUUGGCCAAAUUAUGAAAUGACCUCAUGUAUAAGAUGACUUUCCAUUAUUUAAGUAAAAAAAAAAAAAAAAAAAAAAAAAAAAAAAAAAAAAAAAGGUUAUUUGCUUAUAAGAUAGCUUGACAUAUGUAAAUAAUAAAUAUAAUAUGUUAAAAGUAUUCCGUAAGAAAAAUAAUUAAAUGAUCUGAAUAUUAGAUCAUCAACUGAAACUAAGUAAAUAUGAUUUCUUUUAAUAUGAAGGUCAUUAAAAAUAUUGAAUUACUUCUUUUUCCUGAAAUAAAAGCAGCACGGUACAUAAGAUGAAUAUUAUUUUCAAGGUAUGUUAAGGAAGAGAAUGUCAUUUUAUAUUUGGCUAAUAUGAUUGUAUAACUCUGAAUAAAAUUAAAUGUAACUUAAAAGUAUGCUUUGAUCUAUCUGUAUGCAGUUAAAAAAUCAUUGCAAUAAUUUUAGAAUGUUCCCUAAAAUAUUGAUAUAUCUGUAAAAAUGUAUAAUUUUAAUAUAUAAGGAUUUUAAAAUGUAGACGAGGUUGUCAGAUAUUGUUUUUUUCUGUAACAAUUUCAUAUCCAUAAAUUUUAUAAGAAAAUUAUAUGCAUUGCAUUUGCUCUGCUUAUUUUAAUUAACCUUUUCCUGAGGGCUGGGACAUAUAUGUCCCACAAAUGUAGUACAUUAAAUAAGGAUGAAAGAAAUUCAGUUUACUAUGGAGAUUUAAAAUUUCCUACUUAAUGUGAAGUAGGAAAUGGCAGGCCCUUUUGAUUUUUUUUUUCCUGUUCUUUAGUGAUUGAAUAGACUAAAUGCUUUCAGUACAUAUAAUAUUAGUCUUCUAGUUCUCUUGUAAAUGUUAAGCAAGCAUUAAUCUGUAUGAUCUUUUGUUGCCAGCAUCACAUCAAAUUUGCGAAUCUGCAAAAUCAUCUCUUUCUUCAAAAUGCAUAUGAUGUUUUGGUAUGUCUUGUAUUGUGAGCAAAAUGUUGUCAAAAACAGCUUCUUCUUAUUAAAAAUUCAUUUAUAGAUA